CGAUACAUACAACCAUGGUUUCACAGACGGAGAGUUUUUUCCGGAAGCGAAGGUGACGAUGGGAACCACCCACUCCAACCACAACAGAGAUUGAAGAUGAAAUCAAAUCAGACACCGCCACUGCUGGAAGUGGUCAGGCACGUGUUUCUAUUGUAAGUUUGUAACAACUAACAAGCGCGCCCGUAGUUCGAAAUGAAAACUUCCUUGAAAGUUGUGUCUAAAACGCGGCAUAAACUACAGCCAUAUGGUUUGGUCCUUUGGCGAUACAACCAUGAACCGUGGUUUCACAGUCGGAGAGUUUUCCUGAAGCGAAGGUGAAGAUGGGACCACCCACCCCAACCACAACAGAGCUUGAAGAGGAAAUCAGAAACCGCGAUUGCUGAUGGCAAUUUUGCACUCUCAAUUUUUCACUUGCUGCUGUUAUAGCAGAGAAGUUAGUACAAAUGAAGUAUAUCUCUGAACUGAUGAUGCAGUUAAACCUCAACCAUUUGAUCCAGUAACAAUCCCAAAGUAUGGCCAAAUUCAAGAUGCAAAAGCAGUUACAGGGCCUUUUGUGCAUUUCAGCAACGGUGGUUCCAUCAUGAUGGAGGCCUCUCAUGCCAAGGCUCCUCGAAGUCCUACUAGUACUACCUAUCAGAAGCGAGUUAUUAGAAUAGAUGGUAGAACACAAAUUCCUACUCUUCAGCUACCAAAGUCACCUGAACUGCCGAUACGUGCCAGAAAUGAGGUUCAGAAUAUGAUGCAAAGUGAGCUCACUCUUUCUACAGAUUUCCAAACACCCAACUUGAUUGGUAGCGCAAAUGGUAAGGGAUCUCAAAUAAGGAGAUCACUGCGGACAAUUGGAAAACUGAUUAGCGGCUCUGAGAAAAGGAAUCAACAGAAUUUGAUGGAACUCCAGACACCCAUCAAAGGUGCUAUUAAUGUCAAUGGUCCCAAGUCACCAGUGACUGCUAAUGCUAGGACUCAUAGGAGACAAUCACUAACUGGCAUUCCAGCGUCAGGGUCUGACAAGUCCCGAAGAUCUUCUCUUGGACGGAAGUCAAAUGAUUCUAACACAAAAGAAAAUAGGAAUGCUAAGACACCUCCUCCAGGACACCCAUCAACAAAGAUAAGUAAGAGGUGGCUAUAGAUUGUAUGAUGAUGCUAGUUGUAUGACUGCAGCAGUGCUUUGACUCGAACCAUACUGACAUUGCUGACAUUUGAGUUACAACAUACUCCAACAUUUGCCUAGAAAGAGAAUUUUGCUGUUGGAUUGUGUUAUCUGACGCGAUCAACAUGCUGCCCAUGUAGAAGGGGAAUAAAAUGUCUACUUGUUAUCGAUCUACUUGAUUCUAUAGCCCAAUUUUGACUGCAAAAUGUUUUUGCUUCUUGUUAACUAAUUCUUCAUCACUUCAUGUAAAAAUACUGAAACGCUGU